AUGCUUUCAUCUUGUUCAUUGAUUACAAAACGUGCUUUUUCAAAAGAUCUUCUUGCAUCGCAAUGGAAACGAGCAGACCCAAAUAGAUACUGGCGUGCUCAGCAUAAAUUACCCAAAGAUGAUCAAGAGCAUGGUCCACUUGCUGAGUUACCUGAUUAUUCUUACUUAAAUAGUGAACCAUCACAUUUAUCAACAGUACAACGUAAAAGAUAUGAUUUUAAUUCAUCUGUUGUUCAUCGUAUACAUGAACUUGAUGCAGAAUUAACUAAAGCAAAAGCGUUGUAUGCAGAAAAAAUAACAUCAACAAUGACAGAUUAUAAUAAAACUGUUCAAAUUGCUAAACAUAUUGCAACACCAUCUUCAUCAGAAAUAGUUAAUGUUAAAUCAUUAAAUAAAGCAGCUAAACCAUCAAUUUCUCAUCCGAAUGAUUAUUCAUUGCAACCAAAUCUACUCAAUGCUCUUCGUGAAGCAAAAAGUUACAAUGAAGCUUAUGAAGAAGUUGUUGAUCCAGUUGGUGCGAUUGUUCCAAAUAAACUUAUGCAUAUCGAACGACCACCUUACAAACGUACAGGUGAACGACGUCGUUAUCAUAAAAUAUUUGCACUUCGUACACCUAAAGUUCGAGUGUUUCCAAGAUAA